AUGAACAAAUACCUUUCUCUGACGAGGGAGCUGGAUGAAGAUCGAACGAAAAAGCAAAACGUAAUCGAUAUACUGAGAGCGAAGGGUUUUGUUGACCGAAUUCCUUGUAUCUCAGUUGAGUUGGAAGAUUCCCUCAUAACACAUUCUCGUGCGAGUGAAGAGCUGCUUGAUAAAGAAAGAAAAGAUCGUGCUGGGAUGAGGUUGAAAUUGAUUCUCGCGUGGUUACAGGAGGAGCGCUCACAAGCUCGCUUCAAGAUCGAGUCGCUUGAGCAGAUCAAUAGCUCUCAACAUGCCACAAACUUGAGAAAUGAAAAGGAGUUGCAAAAGCUGACUGAUAGGUCAAUCACACGUUUUUGUGUUUGUAAGGAUAGAACCAAGCUAGAACACGCCACAAAAAAUCUUCACGAUCAAGGGAUCGAGCUACAAAAUUCGAAAGAAAAGGUAGGAGAAAUGAGCCGAACCGUAUCUCAAAAAAAAUCUGAAAUCACAAAGGUUCAGGGAGAAUACUCUGACUUGUUGGACAAAACGAAAGCAGUAGAUCGAAGCCUGACUGAAUCGAACGUUGAGAAAGCAAAUCUUCAAUGUCAAAUUCAUGAACUUCGUGAGAGCUUAAAAUAUCAGUCGAGCAUAGAACAGGUUCAAGAAGUCCAUCAGGUGCAGUACGGAAAGCUUCAAGAGAAGUGUGAGAUGCUCCAAUCAGAUGUGGAACAUUGGAGAAAUCAGAACUCAGCAACUUUGGAGAGAUUUGCGAAGCUAUCAACCAGUAGUAAUUUAGAACAGGCGCGACUCACCAAACUUCAAGAGAAUCUGCAGCUUCAACAGAUUGAAGCCUUGGAGAAUGCAAUGAAUCUUUUAUAUGAUUUGAAACUUAAGCUAGUCAACGAAGGUGCUACACGGCAGCUACUUGAGGAAGCGAUGGUAGGAAUGACAAAGCGCUUUGAGCACUUUGAAGGUUGUGUUCUUGACAUUAGUGAUCGAUCCAAGCAUUCGCAAGCUGAUCUCUCAAUUCUGAGCGAAAAGGUCUCGAAAUAUCAAGAAGAUUUAUUUGAAAUAUGGGAAAGUAAAUUAGAGGAAUUAAGUUCCCUGAAGGUUCGGGAAUCUGGGUGGCUGGUUGAAAAGGAUAAGCUUGUUGAAUCGCUUGCUGCGGAGAGAAAGAGACUUGAUGAAUUUCUGGAGGUCAAGAUACAAUUUCAAAAGGAACAGGAAAAGAGUCAUCUUCUCCAGUUGAAAGUGCGUUUUUUUGGAAUCCAGAUGUAUCAAAAAAAGCUCGUGCUACCUCAUUUUCGAAGCAAGGCGAGUGCGGUUGAGGAACUUCUCAGGAAGGCGCAAGAAACUGACAAGGAAAUCACACUUUUACAAGAGGAGUGUCACGCAUUAAGAGUGUCCAAAGAGCAGCAAAAGAAAGACGCAUCCGAUCAACUACAAUUAGCGACGGAGCAAGUGAAUUCAGAAAAGCAAGAUGCUUUUCUUUCAAAGGCCUCUUCUGCAAGGAAAAUAGCGAUAGCUGCUACCGAAAAGAAAUAUGAAAUGCCUAACCUCCACGUCGAUCUCCAAACUGGAAACUCCAGUCACCGUGUCCAAAUUAAUGAAUCCGUUGUCAAGCUGAAGUAUGACACAACCCGUUUUGAAGACGUAGUAAAACAAGUGAUGCCUAUCCGCACUUCUAAACGCCUUCGAAGCCUGAAUCCGCGGGAUAAUUCGUUUAAAGAUACGAUCCCAGUCAAUGAAGCUUCAAGAACGUCUUUAGAUUGUAAGCAAGAGGAAGAAACGACAGCAAAUGAUUCACAUCUACUCAAAGGACGUAAAAAUGCUCCUAAAGCAACGAAAAAGAAGUGA